AACUUUUUGUAUCGGAGGAAUCAACAGCCGCCAUCUUGACGCGGCUCAGAAUCAGGAUUUCGGGAGAGCCUUAUUUUUUAGACCGAAACGAGCCAUUUAGACCGUGCUCAAACGGCUUUAUUCUGCAGAAAAUCGAAGUCUUUAUUCCUUCGAAGAUAAUUAUUGAGAAAAAACGAGGAUUGGAUCAGUUUUUGUCGUCUAGAGAGCCCCUCGUAUAUUUGAUUUCCCCUUCAGAGAGCGCCGCUUCUUCAUAUCUCCUUUCCGAGACGAUGUAUUUAUCGAGAGACAGUAUCGAGAAAAAUACAUCGGUGCAUACAAAAUAUUUUUGGAAAUUUCUUGUCUUUAUUGGAGGCGAAAAUUAAAUUUAAGGCUGUUCAUUUGGACCGGGAAAAGGCGCUUAUUUAAAGAUGCCUAUCUAGGGAUUUAUGGAGAAAGGGACUUGAAUCCCCACUAUAUACUUUUUUUGCUACUAUUUUAAUUUAUUUUUCGUGAACUGAAAUAUUUUUGGGCCAUAAUUAUUAACGAUAAUUAUGUGGGUGUUGGGUGUUGGAUUAUCAUGGGGUGAUUGUCAGCGGCGAAGCGUGGCGCUGUUGCCUUUAUUUUGAAACGUUCUACUCGGCUGACUAGUGCAAGCAUUUUUCUAUCUUGCCAGCUAGUUGGUUAAAUACCCCUAUACGUGGGGUGUGAGUAAGAAAGAAGAUUGUUGCCAUACAAAAAAUCUAUCUGGAAGGAGUCGAAUUUCAUUUUGCAUCAUUAUUUAGUGAUCAUUCUUACCGAUCACAAUGGCUGACAAUUUGCUGGACGUCGGACCUCCCAACGCAAAGCGACCGAAACUCAAUUCACCUGCUCUUUCAUCGUCAGAUGGUCCAGACCUGGUGUCGCUGUUCGACCUGGAGAAUGACCUCCCAGACGAGCUGAUCCCUAAUGGGGACCUGGGUGGCCUGAUGGGCAUGCCCUCCAACGGUGCCCCUGGCGGGGGAGGAGGAAUGCCUGGAGGAGGUCCCCGAGGCCUGGGCUCCAUGGUCCCUGACGCUGCCGCCAAACACAAGCAGCUGUCUGAGCUCCUGAGAGCGGGCGGUGCUGGGUCCGGUGGCAUGGGCCCCAUGAUGGGGAAAGUCCCCAUGGGCCAGGGCUCGCCCAACCAAGCCCAGAAAGGAAGCCCCGCCAGCGGACAACAAGGCAACGGCUCCAUGGCGGGCUUCAACCAGGCUAUGAUGAACAGCCAUGGACAUGGGAUGCCGGGCCAGGUGAUGAACGGGGCCCUGGGGCCGGCAGGACGGGGCAGGCUGGGGCUGCAGCAGUACCAGGUCCAGGCCUUGCAGGGUGCUGGGGGGGGCGUGGGGCCGGGAGGCAGCAGUGUGCUGGCUGAGACUCUGGCUCAGGGAGGAGGGCAGAUGGGAGCUCACAACGCCAUGAACGCCCAGCAGGCUAGCAACAUGAAUAAGAUGGGUAUGGCUGGCAGUCCUUUUGGGCAGCAGUACAGCCAGGGCGGGGUCCAGCAGCAGAUGGGGGUGAACGCCCAGCAGCAGCUCCGGAACAAGGCAGCCCUUGCCAACAGCCUGCCCCCCUUCCCCAGUGACCUGAAAGGGGCCAGCAGCAUGCCAAACCUGGCCCAGAUGCAGCAGGUAUCCUCCAUAGUCCCUGGCGGUGGGGUGUCUGCAGCGACGGCGAGCCACACGGCCGACCCAGAGAAGCGCAAGCUCAUCCAGCAACAGCUGGUCCUGCUGCUCCACGCCCACAAGUGCCAGCGGCGGGAGCAGGCCAAUGGGGAGGUGCGGGCCUGCGCCCUGCCACACUGCCGCACCAUGAAGAACGUCCUCAACCACAUGACACACUGCCAGGCCGGCAAGUCCUGCCAGGUGGCUCACUGUGCGUCGUCCAGACAGAUCAUUUCUCACUGGAAGAACUGCACGCGGCAUGACUGUCCCGUCUGCCUGCCGCUGAAGAACGCCAGCGACAAAAGGAACCAGCAGCCCAUGGUGGGUUCGCCCGGCGCCAGCCUACAGAGUGCCAUCAAUGCCACGGUGGGCACGGGCCCUCCCGGCAGCUCCCCGGGUUCCUCCAUGAACAGUGGCGGUGCCAGCAGCGGGCACAUCGACCCCAGUUCCAUGCAGCGGGCCUACGCUGCCCUGGGCCUGCCCUACGGUAACCAGUCCCCUGCUCAGGGACAGGGAGGACCUGGAGGACAGAACACAGCCCAGGGAGGGCAGCAGCUACGCUCCAUCAAUGCACUAGGCACUAACAUGAACAUGGCCGGAGGAGGGGUGGGCGUGCCCUCAGAGACCGGCAUGCUCUCGGACUCAUCGCUCCCCUCGUCGCUCAACAAUCAGUUGAUGCCAGACGGGUUGGGCAUGGGGGGCAUGGGCAACCUGCCGGGCGCCAACCCUCUCUCUGCCUCGGGGGUGAGGAAGACGUGGCACGAGCACGUCACUCAGGACCUACGCACCCACCUGGUGCACAAACUAGUACAAGCCAUAUUCCCCACCCCAGACCCCGCAGCACUGAAGGAUCGGCGGAUGGAGAACCUGGUGGCGUACGCUAGGAAGGUGGAAGGGGACAUGUACCAGUCUGCCAACAGCAGGGACGAGUAUUACCACUUCCUGGCAGAGAAGAUCUAUAAGAUCCAGAAGGAGUUGGAGGAGAAGAGGCGCUCGCGGCUCCAGAAGCAGCCUGGCCCCAUGGCAGUGGGGGGCCCAGGGGCCCAGCAGCAGCCUGGCAUGCCCCCUCAGCCGAACUCCAUGGGUCCUGGCCAGUCCCCACGGCCAGCCAAUGGAUCUGUGCCCAACGUGCCAAAUCAGAUCAUGCCUCGCAUGCAGGUGUCUCAAGGAAUCAAUCAGUUCAACCCCAUGGCGAUGCAGAACGUGCAGAUGUCCCAGGCGCCCAUGGGGGCCCGCGCCGCCUCGCCCAUGAACCACUCGCAGCAGAUGAACAUGAGCUCUGUCCCAGCGAUGGGCAUGUCCCCAUCCAGGAUGCCCCAGGUGCAAGGCAUGAUGGGACAGCACGCCAACAGCAUGGUGGGACAGACAGCCAAUCAGAGCCAGUUCAUGCCCCAGAGCCAGUUCUCUCCCAACACCGCCCCUGGCGGGGGAAUGAUUAUGAACAACCUGGGCUCCCUCGGCCAGCCGCAAGCACAGGCAGCUGUCACUCAGCCCCCCCUGCCCCGUGCCACCCCUCCACCCAACGCCUCGGCUAACCUGCAGCAGCUCCAGCACCCCCACUCCCACCCACCCCCCCAGGCUCAGCCUUCACCGUCCUCCACCCCCACUCACGUCCCCAGCGGCGGCCUCCCCGCCCGGCCCCCCUCGAACCUGGGCAUGCAGUCCCCUGCUGCCCCCUCCCAGCCGCUCACGCCCCUGCAGCAUCAGCAGCCGGGGACCCCCAGCCAGACGCAGCCCAGCUCAGUGCAGCCCCCCAGCACGCCGCUGUCCCAGGCGCCAGCCAGUAUAGAUAACCACAUGCCCACCCCAGGCUCGGUGGCAGAGGUCCACUCCCAACAGACCCCACCAGACAUGGCCCAAACGGAGCACAAAGCUGAGCUCAAAGACGAGGAUGACGAGGACGAGGACGACGACUGUGGCUCGGGGAAAAAGCAGCCCAGCGACUUCAAAAUGGAGCAGGACGAAGACCCAAAAGACACCAAACCCCUCACGGUCAAGGAGGAGGAGCCAGACGGGGCGGAGCCUAAGCAGGAGCCAAUGGAGACAAAGGAGGAGAAGAAGCCGGAGAUUAAGAAGGAACCCAAAGAGGAGGAGGAGGAGGGCAGGGCCAACGGCACGGCAGCAUCCACCUCCCCCACCCAGAACCGCAAAAAAAUCUUUAAGCCAGAGGAGCUGCGCCAGGCCCUGAUGCCCACACUAGAGGCCCUCUACAGACAGGACCCAGAGUCUCUGCCCUUCAGACAGCCUGUCGACCCCAUGCUGCUGGGCAUCCCUGACUACUUUGACAUAGUGAAGAAACCUAUGGACCUGUCCACUAUAAAGCGUAAGCUAGACACAGGUCAGUACCAGGAACCCUGGCAGUACGUGGAAGACAUCUGGGUCAUGUUCAACAACGCCUGGAUCUACAACCGCAAGACGUCCCGCGUCUACAAGUACUGCUCCAAGCUGGCCGAGGUGUUUGAGCUGGAGAUAGACCCUGUCAUGGUCAGCCUGGGCUACUGCUGCGGCAGGAAGUUUGAGUUCUCACCCCAGACCCUCUGCUGCUAUGGCAAGCAGCUGUGCACCAUCUCCAGAGACGGAACCUACUUCAGCUACCAGAACAGCUCACCCAAAUAUGGCCUUGUUGCCGACAGGUAUCACUUCUGUGAGAAGUGCUUCAAUGAGAUCCAGGGCAAUAGCGUCACCCUGGGAGACGACCCGGCACAGCCACAGACUAUGAUAUCUAAAGACCAGUUUGAAAAGAAGAAAAACGACAUGUUGGAUCCAGAACCGUUUGUUGAAUGUAAAGACUGUGGACGGAAGAUGCACCAGAUCUGUGUGCUGCAUUAUGAUGUAAUCUGGCCAUCGGGCUUCAUUUGCGACAUCUGUCUGAAGAAGUCCGGCAAGACGAGGAAAGAGAACAAGUUCGCGGCCAAAAGGCUACAGACGACGAGGUUGGGCAUGUACAUCGAGGACCGGGUGAAUAAGUACUUGAAGAGGCAGAACCACCCUGAGGCCGGGGAGGUGUUUGUACGGGUGGUGGCUAGCUCCGACAAAAAUGUUGAGAUCAAACCUGGCAUGAAAUCUAGGUUUGUGGACUCGGGUGAAAUGCAGGAGACCUUCCCUUACAGAACCAAAGCACUUUUUGCAUUUGAGGAGAUUGACGGUGUGGACGUGUGUUUCUUCGGUAUGCAUGUCCAGGAGUACGGUUCCGAGUGCGCCUUCCCCAACACCAGACGGGUUUACAUAUCGUAUCUGGACAGUAUUCACUUCUUCAAGCCCCGGGCGUUGAGAACGGCAGUCUACCAUGAGAUCUUGAUAGGGUACCUGGAGUACGUCAAGAAACUGGGCUACGUGUAUGGUCAUAUCUGGGCGUGCCCCCCCAGUGAAGGGGACGACUACAUCUUCCAUUGCCACCCGCAGGACCAGAAGAUCCCCAAGCCCAAGAGGCUGCAGGAGUGGUACAGGAAGAUGCUGGAGAAGGCCUACGCAGAGAGGAUCCUCCAUGAUUUCAAGGACAUCUUCAAGCAGGCCACGGAGGACCGUAUUACCAGUGCCAACGAGAUGCCCUACUUCGAAGGCGACUUCUGGCCCAACGUGCUGGAGGAAAGCAUUAAGGAGCUGGAGCAGGAGGAGGAGGAGAGGAAGAAGGAAGAGAACGUGGCGUCCUGCGAGACCCCGGAGCACACUGCUGACAGCAAAAACGCCAAGAAGAAGAACAACAAGAAGACCAAUAAAAACAAGAGCAGCGUGAGCCGAGCCAAUAAGAAGAAGCCUGGCAUGCCCAAUGUAGCCAAUGACCUGUCCCAGAAGCUCUACUCCACCCUGGAGAAACACAAGGAGGUGUUCUUUGUGAUCCACCUGCACGCGGGACCCUCGGUCAACACCCUCCCCCCCAUCAUGGAUCCAGACCCCCUGCUGACCUGCGACCUGAUGGACGGCCGCGACGCCUUCCUCACCCUGGCCCGGGACAAGCACUGGGAGUUCAGCUCUCUGCGGAGGUGCAAGUGGAGCACAAUGUGUAUGUUGGUGGAGCUGCACAACCAGGGUCAGGACCGCUUCGUCUACACCUGCAACGAGUGUAAACACCACGUGGAGACGCGCUGGCAUUGCACCGUCUGCGAGGACUUUGACCUAUGCAUCAACUGCUACGCUGCCAAGGGCCACGAGCACAAGAUGGUUAAGUGGGGCCUCGGGCUGGACGACGACAGCAACGGAGCGGGCGGUGCCGGGGGCGAGGCCUCCCAGAGUCCCCAAGAAUCCCGUCGCCUCUCCAUCCAACGCUGCAUCCAGUCCCUGGUCCACGCCUGUCAGUGCCGCAACGCCAACUGCUCACUGCCCUCAUGCCAGAAGAUGAAGCGCGUGGUGCAGCACACCAAAGGUUGCAAGCGCAAGACCAACGGUGGCUGCCCCGUGUGCAAGCAGCUCAUCGCCCUGUGCUGCUACCACGCCAAACACUGCCAGGAGAACAAGUGUCCCGUGCCCUUCUGUCUGAACAUAAAGCACAAGCUGAGGCAGCAGCAGCUCCAGCACCGCUUACAACAGGCUCAGAUGAUGAGGAGAAGAAUGGCGACUAUGGCCGGGCGGGGCAUGGCACCUCAGAGCCUGCCGUCGCCACCUACCUCAGCCACCCCCGGCACCCCCACCUCGGGCGGACAGACCCCCAGCACGCACCCACACCCCCAGCCCUCCUUACCCAUCAGCCAGCCCCAGCAGCAGCCGCCCCCCAACGUGACAGCCGGCAUGGCCCAACAACAACCCGGCUUUCCCAACAACGGGCGCACCAGCCAGCCGCCAACGCCGGUUCCACAAGGGGGAAAGCCAGGGCCCCAGUCUUCCCCCCUACAUCAGGUGCAGUCGCCCCUGCCCAACAUGCCCCCCCAACAACAACAACAACAGAUUCCCCAACAACAACCGCCCCCGCUGGCCGCUAUGAAGAUGGCCCGGCACAUAGAGAUGGUGGCCAAGGCCAAGCAGCAGCAGCAGCAACAACAGAACUACAACAUGAACAUGCCCAACGGUGUGCCCAUCAACCACCCCCGCAUGGUGGGGCCUAUGCAAGGCCAGAUGGGGCCAGGGCAGAUGCAGCAAAUGAUGGGGCCCCGGGGCCCCCAAGUGAUGCAGGCCAUGCAGCAGGGCCAGUGGGGCCCCCAGGGGGGGAUGCUGCAGAACCCCCUCCAGAACCCCCAAGCAGUCCAACAACAGCAGCAAGGCCUACCCCAGCAAGGUGGCCCCAUGGCCCCCCAACAGGCUCAGGGAAACUCCACUCAGUUGAUGCAGCAGCGGCCCAUGAUGCAGCAGCAGCCCGGCCUUCAGAUGCCCGGUGGGGUCCACAUGCCCCCCCAGGGUCCCCCUCAGCAGCAGGGCAUGACGCCCCAGCAACAAGGGGGCAUGCCCCGGGGCAUCCCGGGAAACAUCGCCCCCAAUGCCCUGCAGGACCUCCUGAGGACCCUCAAGUCGCCCAGCUCUCCCCAGCAGCAGCAGCAGGUGCUCAACAUCCUCAAGUCCAACCCCCACCUCAUGGCCGCCUUCAUCAAGCAGCGCACGGCCAAGUACCAGGCAAGCCAACUACCGGGCCAGCAGCAGCAGCAGAACCCCCAACAACAACAGCAGCAGAACCCCCAGGCAAUCCUGGGAGGCCAGGCUGGGAUGCAGGCCAUGGCUGCUGCCAUGCAGGCUGGGGCGGUGCAGCAGAGGCCGGGCGUCGGCAUGUCCCCCCAGCAGCAGCAGUCUGGCCCUCAGCAGGUUGGUGGCCCCCAGGGUAUGGCCGCCAUGGGCCCACAGGGACAACAGCUGAUGAACACCACCGCACACCACGGCAACCCCCAGCUCUACCGCAGGCAGCUGCUCCGGAUGCAACAGAUGCAGCAGCAGCAACAACAACAGCAAGGAGCCAUGCCCCAGGGCCUUCCAGGCCAGUUCCCCCAGCAGCAGGGAGGAGCAGCCAGCUACUCCCAGCUCCGCAUGCAGCAGCAGAGGGCCAUGCAGCUCCCCCCCAUGGCCCAGAUGGGGCAGCCCGGCAUGGACGGGCCCCAGGCCCAAAACCUCCUCCAGCAGAGGAUGCUCCAGCAGCAACAACAGAUGCUGAAGCAGCAGAUGGGCUCUCCAGCCCAGGCCAACUCCAUGAGCCCCCAGCCCCACAUGCUUCAAGGACAACCCCAGGGAGGAGCUCACCUGCCUGGCCAGGCAAUGGGCAACGCCCUGGGCAACCAGGUUAGGUCUCCAGCCCCGGUGCAGUCGCCCCACCCUCCUUCACAGCAGCCCCCACAUUCCAGCCCCUCCCCCCGGAUACAGCCCCAUCCCUCACCCCAGCACGGCAACCUCCACUCCGGCUCACCCCACCCCAGUCUGGGCGGCCUUAUGCCAGGCUCCAUGGACCAGGGACACAUGGGCACGCCCGAGCAGAGCGCCAUGCUCCCGCAGCUUAACACGCCCAGCCGUGGCAGGCUUAGCAAUGACUUGAAUAUGGUGGGCGACACCACAGGGGACACACUCGAGAAGUUUGUUGAAGGAUUGUAGCAUUUUGUGACGAGACUUGUUUGGUUUUCUCGGUUUUCCACAAACAACUUUUUGUACUGACUGCUAUGUAAAGAGAUGAGGCCUAAGGACUGUGAACCUUUCCUUAAACCAAGGGACAGCUAUUUCUUCCAACAAAACGGAGGGAUUUGAAUAAUUAUUGCUGUUUAAAGAGGAGAAUGGGGGGGAGGAAACACAUAUUUUGGGGUUCAGACCAGCCAUGAAAAUAAUUUUGUUUUAAUUUGUAUUAUUUUUUUAUGUCUCUGGUAUGGACUUUUUUUUAUGACACCUUCUCAAAACAAGUCUUUCAUUUUAUUUUUCAAUGUUUUUAUUUUGUACCUUUGCAAAAAAAAUCAUAGCGUUUUUGUGUUAAAGAUUGUAAAAUAAUUUUGUCUGAACUUUUUGUGCCAGGUUUUGCAUCUUUGCUCCCUCUUCAUUCCUGGCUAAUUUAUUAUUGUAAUGUAACAUUUUUCAAAAAGGGCACAUGCCUUUAGGUGAGACUUAUUUUCUUUCCAUACUGCAGAAGAGUCCUUGUGGGAUAUUAACGUAUUUGUAUAGAGCUAGGAACUAUCGCACACCCAAACACCACAUUCAGGUGUGAACAACUGACUCUCACAAAUGCUCCUUCAUCCACAGCUGCCGGAAUGUUCGUUUUCUACUGGCUUGGAACCAGUAUUUCUGUCGUCCAGAUGUUGGACAUCUUUGUUGCUAUGUUUAUUGAUUCCCCCCCCCGAGCUUAACUGUGGCGGGGGAGUGUACCUUUUGGACUGCUUGCUGAUUUGUGAUUGAAGAGCAUUCUGUGCAUCUUUUUUUCCUCUUGCAUUAAACUUGAAUUGAGGUGAAACUGUUCACUGUUGUAAAUCAUGCAGGUUGACAAUGUAAAUAUGCAGAAAAAGAAUGAAUCACUGUACAAACUGGUUAAAAAUGACUCAUUUCGUACUUAUAUACCAUAUUGUUAAAUAAACUGUGUGCAAACAGA